AUGUAUAAAAAAGUAAUCUACAAAUAUUUAAAAUAAAAAAAGUAAAACGAAUAUAUAUUACAUGAACAUGUUUAGUAAUAAAAAGAAUAAUUUACCACCAAGACCUCGUAUUCCAAAUUCUGAACAUAUGUUAGAAGAUCUUAAUAAUUCUUCUAUAGAUGACAUAGCAUUUAAAAUAAUUCAUAAAGAUGAAAUUUCUGGAGAAAAUUUAAUGAACGCAAAUACUUCUGAUACAUAUCAGAAAGUAAAAAUGUAUUUACACAUAAAACAACAAUUAAGAUAUUUGGAAACUACUCUUGAAGGCAAAGAACAACAACUUAAAACUGAUAAUGAAGAAAUAAAAAGACUUGCAGAUAAUAUUAAAGAACAAGCACAAGCUGCAUUAAUAACAUAAGUAUUUAUAUUUGCAAAUAAUAU